CUGUGCCUGGCCAGUAUUUGUAUUUUUGAUAUUGAGCUUAAUUUUGGCAAGUGCUGUGCAAGGCACAAAUUGUGGUGUUAGCUUUCUAACUAUUUGGUUGUAAUUAUUUGUUAAUGUCUGUCUUCCUUCCUAGUCAUGGAAAGUGCAUGAGUGCAGGGGCUGUGUCUGUCUUGUUUACAACUAUAUUUGCACUGGCCACCACAGUGCUUGACACAUAGUAGGCAUUCAGUGAUGUUUCUGAACAAAUGAAAGUCCUUCACUGCAAGAAGAAUUUAUUUUAGUUUAAGAAGUUCUUUCUGAAUGCUUCAUAUGAAGUAGGCAAAAUUUGUAUUCACAUAUUAAUACAGAUUAUAGGCAUGGCACAUUCCAAUGUCUAUUUAAUUAGUAGAAAUCAAAAAGAGUUUUUAUUUGCAGUUUUGCCUUGGAGGGUAUUAGAGCAGACUGCGCACUAAACAAAUGGCUGUACAGAAUUGGCAGCAAUAAUCCCAAAGUUUGAAGGUUGUAGGUUAAUUAGGAUAACUUGACAGAAAGUAAGUUAAUCAAAUUUGAGAGUUUAAUCUUCCAAGACUUUAUGUUCAGACACACUUCAAGUAUGUCAGCAGGUAACAGGAACUUUAGUUGCCGAAUGCCCCAAAACACCAGAACUCCAGUGGAUUUUCUGGCUUCCAGGAAUGUUUUGGAGGAAGAAAAAGCAAUAAAAUGGUCUGGGGGUCAUUUUGUUCCGUUACUCUAUAUUAAAUAUACUGGAAUUUAAAAUAUUAAAUUUUAAAAGAUAAAAAGAUGCAGUUUACCUAUUAACAAAUUAAAUAAUUUAGAAAUUCUACUUUUCUUUGAUGGUUACAUUUAUUAAUGAGUUCUGUAAUACUUUAUUUAAUAUGAGUAAAUAUGGGCAUUUCUGUGUUAGCUAGAAUUAGAGUAUUGCCAUUUUUUUCAACUGGCUUAUGGUUAAAUGGAGGUAAAGGGGCAAACUACACAUAUAAGAAUUAGUAGUAUAAUAUUUAAUACACCCCUGUAAGAGUUAUCACAGUAUGUCCUCUGUGAAAAGUAAGGGCUCCGUGUGUGUUUGUGAAAAAGGCCACUGGAGGCCCUUUUCAAAAAUAAAAUCUGCCUCCAGCAAGGUGUUUUUCGAUCACGUGGAAAGGGGAAGAAAAAGCUAUCAGGAGCUCUAGAAUUUUUGUUUGUUUGUUUGUUUUGCUUCUUUUAACUCUCAAGCUAAAACUGGGGUUUCAUUUUAGGAACCAGUAAUAGAAAAUUUCUUAUGUACCUUCAGCAAAAUCUAGUAUUUACUUUGGCUUUUCAUCGUGGGGAUUGUGUGUGUGUGAGUACAUGCACGCGCUUUUGUGUUUAAGCGUAUAAGGCGGACACAGUGGGUACAUGUCUUUGAAAUGGACUUCUUGGCUAAAGUAGUAGUGAAAAAGAGGCAUACAAAUGAGGGAGGAGGGACAGAGAAGAGCAGAGUCACAGGAAACAGUGAAUGAGGCUGCAGUCUCGGUCGCCCUUUCUUUGUCCCUCCGCUGUUGUCGCCUGUCUUAUGAUGAUGCUGGUUUUCAGCCAACCUUGACAUGGGUAGGUUCUCUCUCCAUGGGGAUGAUUUUCUUUUGCUGCCCAAUAGUCAGCGUCUUCACAGACCUAUUUGGUUGUCGGAAAACAGCUGUCAUGGGUGCUGCUGUUGGAUUUGUUGGGCUCAUGUCCAGUUCUUUUGUAAGUUCCAUCGAGCCUCUGUACCUUACCUAUGGAAUCAUAUUUGCCUGCGGCUGCUCCUUUGCAUACCAGCCUUCAUUGGUCAUUCUGGGACACUAUUUCAAGAAGCGCCUUGGACUGGUGAAUGGCAUUGUCACUGCUGGCAGCAGUGUCUUCACAAUCCUGCUGCCUUUGCUCUUAAGGGUUCUGAUUGACAGCGUGGGCCUCUUUCACACACUGAGGGUGCUCUGCAUCUUCAUGUUUGUUCUCUUUCUGGCUGGCUUUACUUACCGUCCUCUUGCUACCAGUACCAAAGAUAAAGAGAGUGGAGGUAGCGGAUCCUCCCUCUUUUCCAGGAGAAAGUUCAGUCCUCCAAAAAAAAUUUUCAAUUUUGCCAUCUUCAAGGUGACAGCUUAUGCAGUGUGGGCAGUUGGAAUACCACUUGCACUUUUUGGAUACUUUGUGCCUUAUGUUCACUUGAUGAAACAUGUAAAUGAAAGAUUUCAAGAUGAAAAAAAUAAAGAGGUUGUUCUCAUGUGCAUUGGCAUCACUUCAGGAGUUGGACGACUGCUCUUUGGCCGGAUUGCAGAUUAUGUGCCUGGUGUGAAGAAGGUUUACCUACAGGUACUCUCCUUUUUCUUCAUUGGUCUGAUGUCCAUGAUGAUUCCUCUGUGUAGCAUCUUUGGGGCCCUCAUUGCUGUGUGUCUCAUCAUGGGUCUCUUCGAUGGAUGCUUCAUUUCCAUUAUGGCUCCCAUAGCCUUUGAGUUGGUUGGUGCCCAGGAUGUCUCCCAAGCAAUUGGAUUUCUGCUCGGAUUUAUGUCUAUACCCAUGACUGUUGGACCACCCAUUGCAGGGUUACUUCGUGACAAGCUGGGCUCCUAUGACGUGGCAUUCUACCUCGCUGGAGUCCCUCCCCUUAUUGGAGGUGCUGUGCUUUGUUUUAUCCCAUGGAUCCAUAGUAAGAAGCAAAGAGAGAUCAGUAAAACCACUGGAAAAGAAAAGAUGGAGAAAAUGUUGGAAAACCAGAACUCUCUGCUGUCAAGUUCAUCUGGAGUGUUCAAGAAAGAAUCUGACUCUAUUAUUUAAUAUCUCACAUACCUCCACCAGACUGGACUUGCUUUUUGAAUUUUAAGCAAGUUUCCUUUCCUUUUAUACGAAAUGCAAAUUUCAUAUUUUUUUAAUCACAUCCUAGGAAUAGCACAAUAAUUGGGAAAUAGAACCCUUAUCACUACAAGAACCAUUUUCUGCCACUGAAUAUCUCUGAUGUUUCCGUGAGUCUGAGGGCAGAGACUCCGGUAUAUGAAAACAUGUCUGAAAGUCACAUAUUGUGAAAAUUUGAAGCUAUCUCAGUAAAAAGCAACUUUGAAAACUGUGAAUGAUCUUUAGCUUGUACAAAUAUUUAAAAAUACCUCAAGCUAUACUGAAAGGGUUGCAGUUUGGUUAGGAGUGGAAAUAUUUUGUUUGUUAAUGAUGUCUUCAGUUCUGGUACCUCUGUGUUACUUUCUUAUGCUCUGUGGAAACUUUUUGCAAAAUUUAAGCCUGGGUUCUAGGUAAUACCAGAUCUACCUAAACCUCCAGUCUGUGUUAAAGUUGCUUUCCUGCUGUUAAAUAAGCUAUAAUAUUAAGAUAUUCUGACUUGCUCCAGUGUCAAGGAACCUUCUGGGAGCGGGUGCUAACAAUGUGUUCAGAAUCAAUACGUGAAAUGAAAAGGAUCCUCUCCGGAGAAUCCUGAGCUGUUCAGAAAUCAUUUAAGUUUACAGCAUUGUUCCCUUUGCGUUUGCAGUGUGUUUUACUCAAGUAGCCAGAAACACCCCACGUUUCUGAAUUGUUUAAAUUGUAACAAUAAAGUAAAAUAGAAUGCAUGAAAGAUAUUCUGGCAAUUGUAACUUAGAAAUCUUCUGACUUCCAGAUUUGUUAGCACUAGAACCUGAUAUUUAAACAAAGUCUUACUUAGCAGUUAUCAAGUGGCAGUUACAGGCAGAAAUUGGUGGAGGCCGGAGGAUGGGGAGGGGGGCAAAACCCUUUAUAUUUGUGAAGAAAAUAUCUGUAGCUGAUAGAAAUAAUUGCUUAAAUUGGUUUAUGAAAUUAAUGAGUCUGAAAAGGUUAAAAGUACUUAUAGAAAGAACCAAGUCCUACAUUUCCAGAACUUUCUGGCAAAAAUUUUCACUCAUAUUAUUUAUCCUAGUGUGUUACCUAUGAACAUUCCCAUUAUAUUUUUGCUAUUUAUAUACAGAUUAUCAUAAGAAAGCUUUCAGUUUGAGGUCCCAAAAUUAAAACCAAAGUCAUGCCGUGACCCAUACUCAUUUAUAAAAACAAGAACUCUUUCCUAUAUCCCUAAAAUUAUGCUUUAGUGCUUGAGACCUUUAAAAGGUAGUGCUUUUCAUUGUGAAGACAUUCAGCAACUUACUUUGUCAUACACGCAGUUGUACCUUACCACUUCUAAUAGUUUCAUAUUUCAUAUUCAGGGGACUUAGGUAAUUUGCCUGUGGAUGGUUCUUUUGCAGGAAAAAAAAAAAUCUACAUUUUGACCAUACUACCUUUUCAUGUUCUUACUAUAAGUUUUUAGAAAAUGAUUUCAUUCACUCAUGUCCAGUUAUAUAAAACGUUACUUUCUCAUUUUUGAGAAGUUCAACAAAACAUACAACUAAGACCAAUCAUCAAACCCACUAUUAUAAAUGUUAAUUUUGGCUGGGUAAGGUGGCUCAUGCCUAUAAUCCCAGCACUUUGGGAGGCUGAGGAGGGAAGAUCGCUUGAGCCCAGGAGUUUGAGACCGGCUUGGGCAACAUAGCAAGAUCUUGUCUCUACUAA